CAGUUCGUCGCGCGCUCCCUUCUCUGCUUGCAACAAUGUAUUCAGAAGAACCAACAACUCAUGUACAAGCAGUUCACUUCCGAAACAUGUCGAACCAAUCCUUGUCAGAAUGAUGGUAGAUGCAUUCCUGGGAAACUGAGCUGUCAAUGCCCACAAGGGUGGAUGGGCAGAUUCUGUCACAGGAAGUGCCGGGAUAUAUACAAGAGCUGUGAACGAUGGGCGGCUGAGGACAAAUGCCACGCUGUACUAACACAAACAAAUUUCUUCGAUGUCAACUGUGCGCUCGCUUGCAAUUUAUGCAAACCUAGUCCAGGUUAUGUUGAAUCGGAGAUACCUCUUGCCCCAGCACUAGAACCGCUGCAAUUCUUUCUCGGGAAGUGGUACUCCCAGGUAUGGCUACGAUAUCCCACGGAUGUCUACACUGACGAGUAUGAAGAGCUCUUGGAUGUUGCGCCUGCGAGCGUGCCUAUGUUUGGACCCCCGUCGCUGAAUUUAACGUUAGUCAACAUUUAUUCACACAUUCACAGCAUUAGCUCAAUUGAACAACAACAUCAGUUUUGA